AUGUGACUUUUUUCGGUUCGGACUUUUCAGUAUUUAGUUUUUCAGUUUUUACCGGUAUUGGGUGUUUUUGCUUUUUCAGUAAACUUAAACUGUGUAAGUGGAGUUUGGUAACCCUACUCUCUAUUCUAGCCUUCGUGAAUUCACGAUUAAUGAAAUUAAUCUGAUGAAUUUCAUCUUUUAUCACAAUCAUUAGUCGUCGUGUCUGUUUCAGUUCGAAAUUACAAAAGCUAGAGAUCACACCGUAAGAGUAACCGCAUAAUAGUAAGUUUUUUCGACGUCGUACUGUGGUAACGAGCAAUUAUUGUUAAUUAUUAUUACCGAUGAAAAUCAUUUCUCAGACAUGGCCAUGAAGAGGACCAUUGACUUCCAUCUGAACGAUCAACGGAAAAAAGCCAAUCUAUACAGAGCGAUCAAAAACGAUUUGGGUAAUGACUCUAGUACCGAUGAGGAGUCAAUUAGCUUAUCGCCUGCUGACUUAUUUCCUCUCAGUCAUUAUGCCAAUGAUCCUGAACAGUUAAUUCAUCAAUUGUUUUCUGUUGUACGUGGUAAACGACUUGCUCGACUUAUACCACCUGAACUUAAGGAUAUGACAUUUGAAGAGUUAAAAACAGAUUGUUUAAUACAGUUAUUGUGCAUGUCAAAGAAGCGAGUGUUGGCUACAUUGGAAGGGAAAGAAAUGAAUUCUUCAUCAGACUCUGAUGACUCUGUCGAUGAUAAUAAAAAGCAAAAUAAAUUAGAAGCAGAAAAAAAAGAUGAAAUUAGCCAAAAGAGAUAUCAUAAAGAAAAACGGACAAAAUCAUCAAAAAAGAAAAAAAUUGAAACAGAUAGUGAGACUGAACAAGAGAAAUCAAAGGAAAAAGAAGGAAAAACUUUGUUGGAAAUUUUAGAACUAGAAAUGAAAGCAAAGGCUAUACGUGCUCUACUUGGGCCUAAUCAAAAAGAUAACAAUAGUAAUACACAAAUUGAAGAAGCUAUUAAAAGUGAAAUAAUUGGAGAAAAAAUUGAAGAAAAAAAUAAUGACAACAAGAGUUGGAAUGAACGUUAUGAAGAAAGAGAAGAUGUUAAAGAUGUAGUUAAAACUAGCAAGUUGUGUACGAAUAUGAGACGUCGUAUGCUUCUACAUCAACAAAAAAUGCUGGCAGAUAGAGCAAAAUUGAAAGCUGCAGAAACCGAAAAAAUUAAAUCUGAAGAAACGAUAAAAUCAAAAUUGGAAGAAAAAUUACAUGAAACUGUUAAAGAGUCUAUAAUAGAUUCUAAAACUAGUCAGAAUACUAGUGUUAAGCUUCAAGAUACAAAUAAUUUACACGAGGAUGAUAUAACAAAAAUAAAUAGAAACAAUUCCAUUAGCUCAAAUGAACCUACAAACAUAAAUAACACACAAGAAUCGACCGAUGAUGACUCACAAAAAAGUACAGAUUUUGAGAAAGUGUUGAGUGAGUACACACAGAAGAAUACAGAUUUAGAGUUAACUAUUAAUGAGUAUUCUAAAAAAAACACCGAUUUGGAGAAUGAAAUAAAUAAAUGUUCAAAGAGAAAUGAUGACAUGGAAAACACUAUGAAUAAAUGUGCACAGAAAAAUUCUGAUAUUGAAUCAGCUAUUGAUAAUUAUUCUAUGGAUUACAAUGAUGCUGAUGACAGUAUUGUUAAACUAAAUGAAACAAAUAGUGAAAUGGAAACUGAUAAUGGAAAAAAUACUAACUUUGAAUCAAUGAUCAACCCACGUCCAACAAAAAAUGUAGACCUUGAUGCAAUAGUUAAAGAAUAUGCAAAAAGGAAUUCUGAUAUAAUGACAUUGAUUAGUGAAUAUUCUCAAAAUAAUGUUAAUAUUCAAUCAGUUAUUGGUGAAUAUGCUAAAGGAAACCUCAAGUUAGAAACAAUAAUUGAUGAAUAUUCUCAUAUAAAUGCUAAAAUCAAAACUAUGGUUAAUGAAUAUUCAGUAAAUAAUAGUAAUGUAGAAAAAAUCAUUGAUCGAAACAAUCGGAAACAAUCAUUAAUUGAUAAGUAUUUUGUGGAAUCAGCUGUUGGAAAAGCUGUGGAUGCAGACAAUACAAAAAAAAAUAAUGAAAUAACUAAUGUUAUUUGUGAAUCUGCAAGCUCAGAUAAUCUUGAAAUUAGUAUUGAAUCAACUGACAAAUUAGUUGAUGAAUUAGCCAAUGAAGAAGAUAAAAAAGACUAAGGAAAUUAGGUUUUAUGUUAGGAAAAGUUAAAAUUAUUUUAACCCAAAAUAGAUGUUCAUUAACUAAAUUAUAAAUUGAUUUUAGUGUAAAAAAAAAAAAAUAUUGUGAUUAAAAAUUUGAUUUAAUUUAAG